UUCAGACUUCAAUUGGGACCGUGGUUUUGCGCGCAGAGCUCUCCUUCACUGCAGAGCGGAGCGGCCCGGUCUUGUUCCAAUCCUUCGGUCCAAAACCUCUCCUAUCGCAAUUCCUCCUUGAUCUCACCUGCAGUCCCAACGCUAAGGGGCUUCUCGCCGCAGCCACAGCCAUCAUGGACAUCGUCCUGGAGGUCCUCGAUACCUUCUUAUUCGACCCUAUCUACGCGACCCUCCUCCCCGCAAAUACCCCCGGUUCCGCCCCCAAUGCUACUUUCUCGAGCAUGCGCGAGGUCCCUACCCUCCCACCUACAGCAACAACAUGGCAGUACAAGCCCGCAAGCCAGUAUCUGAGCGUCGAGCCGGGAAAGUACGCAUACAUGAGCCAAUGGCCCCGCGAUGACUGGCGCCGGCAGCUGUUCUCGCUGUACCUAAUCACCUGGCUGUUCGGCGUCAUCAUCUACUAUGUCCUCGCGACCCUGUCCUAUGUCUUCGUCUUCGAUAAAGCGACCUUCAACCACCCCAGAUACCUCAAGAACCAGGUGCGCCUCGAGAUGCGCCAGGCCAACAUUGCCCUCCCCAUCAUGGCAAUCUUCACUGCUCCAGUCUUUUGGCUCGAGGUCCGUGGCUAUUCGAAGCUAUAUGAUACGGUGGAGGAAGGGCCGGGCAUGUGGUACAAUAUUGCACAAUUUCCUAUCUUCCUCCUCUUCACGGACUUCUUCAUCUAUUGGAUCCACCGCGGCCUGCACCACCCGUUGAUCUACAAGCGCCUCCACAAGCCGCACCACAAGUGGAUCAUGCCCACUCCGUAUGCAUCCCAUGCCUUCCACCCGCUCGACGGCUACGCGCAAGGUAUCCCAUACCAUGCCUACCCGUUCCUCUUCCCGCUCCAGAAGUUCGCCUACGUCGCGCUAUUCGUCUUCGUCAAUAUCUGGACCGUCAUCAUCCACGACGGCGAAUACGUCGCUGACAAUCCCGUCAUCAACGGCGCCGCCUGCCACACGAUGCACCACCUAUACUUCAACUUCAACUACGGACAGUUUACGACGCUCUGGGAUCGUCUCGGCGGAAGCUACCGCAAGCCGAAUGAUGAGCUGUUCAGAAAGGAGCUGAAGAUGUGCCAGACCACAUGGAAGAAGCAGGCUAACGCCGUCGACGAGAUCGUCAAGGAGGUAGAGGGAGGGGACGACAGGAGUUACCUGCCCGAAGAACCGAAGAAGGUGCGCUAGACGAUGCAUGCUUCGCAUCGAUCGAGCCGAUGACAGACGCCGUUACGCAAUUAGAGGAUUAGGGAAAACAAAGGACAAAGGCCGAGGAACAGCGAGAGGUGCACUAGAUUUUCCGAAUAUCGGAGCAAGAGAUGGUAAUGGCAGAGUUGGAUGUGUACAUACCCUUCGAUGCACUCACUGCUUGGGAAUUUUGGAUGUAAAAGGGCCUCGAGCAAUGGUGCGUGGCCGGAUUGGUGAUCCUGCGAUUCAGCGACUGAUGAGCGGCUCUAGCUUGUUGUAAUAGUAAUGCUAAGAGGGAUCCGCUCCCUCGACCUUCGUUGUACAUAUGGUCAAUAUAUCUAUAUUAUAUCUCCUCGCGGG